CGAACGAGACCCGCGAGGUGGGGGACACGCUGAGACCGCGACGCGCGUUCGAAUCGCCCGAAUGGAGUCAGCAAAGCGAACAAGGUGCGCUUCGAAGUCGCGACGAUAUCGUCGAAAAACAAGUUGAUUAUUCAUUCGCUCUCUUCGCGGUUGCCACACGCUGACGGGCGCGUUCGUAGGCAUUCUUUGUCGGCUGUGGUAUUGUUUGUUCAUACACUCGUACGCGCUUUACAUACAUAACUACUUCUGCGGCCUCAAAACACCACACAAAACAAGACAUUCUCAGCAAAAAAAUCGCAGUGAAUUCGACGUAAAAAUCUGCAGAUUUUCAUCAGUGCCCAGUGUCCAGUUCUAAAAAAACCUGUUUUUUACAAGUUAAGAGGACUUACAUAAACGUAAACAACCUUCUCAUUUGUAUAGUGCCUUCGGUGCCAACAUAAACCAACUACGCACAAACUCCAAAUUCCAGAAGCAAACAAAUUUCUAUUUCUAUUAAAACACUGAUUAUCGCCUAAAAAUAAUGUGAUAACAUGUGAAGUGUUGACAUUCGAUUGCGCAUAAGGAAGUGUCGUGUGUAGGCGUCCGCAGUACGCAUGCGUAUGUGACUAAAAAACGUUAGGAAGAAAAAAUUCGGAUUUGUUUGGACAUCAGUGCGGAUUAUGUGCGUCGGCUGUUUUUGCGACUGCGUGGCUGUGUGAUGCGAUGAUUCCAAUGAUUCCGUUUGACGCUCGCCCCGUUAGCCGAUAGAGAAGCUAAUCGCGUCACGACGAGAGGCACCAAAUCCCGCCGAGGAAGGGGCACCGUCGGGGCCGCGCCAAUUAUUUAUCGAUAAUCCACAAAAGUCAAAAAAUGAUCAAAAUGCCGCCAUAUUGGAUCAACUGCCUGCUAGCACUCCUGCUGCUCUCUCAACCACCCAUCACCCAUGGCUCAAAACUCCACUGCAACAACAUGACCACAUCCACCACCUGUUCGUGCCUAGAAGCCAACGAAAACUCCUUCGAAAUGGACUGCGCUAAAACCCUCGGUGUCAAAUACAUCAUCAACAAGACCUUCGACGUCACCUGCAACUGCAAACUCGACCUCGACUUCCCCUUGGAGCCAAUCGAACAAACCACGGAAGCCACCAGUUGUGAUCCACUCACCCACCUUGCAUCAGUGAUCAUCCAACCAGCGGAAACCCUCUGGGUGCGUUACUGCAACGCAUCAUCAGGCAUCCUACCAAUUCAAGAAUUGAUCAACAAGACUCAACCUACGACGAUACGUCUACGAGGAAUGGCGUUCGCUAACGAUCUCAUAGAACCCCAGCAAUCCGGACCGGAAAUAUACAGAGUGUUACAGAAUGUAACUAGUCUAGCAUUACAAGAUAACCAACUCAGAGAUGUACCUUAUCAAAUGUUGAAAGAUAUGAUAGAGUUGAAGGAGUUGACAAUGCGUGGGAAUGACAUCAAAAGAAUCACGGGACCUUUCUCUCCGAAUCUACUGGUGUUAGAAAUGGCGGAUAGUAAUAUCACUUAUGUAUCACCCGAUGCAUUUGUUGGUUUGACCAAAUUACGUGUCCUAAUGCUGUUUGUGAAUGAUAUCAGGACACUAGACGUGAAUACCUUUGGUUUUGAAGAUCUCUUAUCCCUGGAGUUGAUGAAUAAUAAAUUAUCCGGAUUACAAGGUGAGACAUUCUCCAAACUGCAGAAAUUGGAACUCAUCAACUUGUCAUUCAAUCAACUCACCGAACUACCCGAGAAUUUGUUCUGGAACAACACGGAAUUGACCAGUAUACGCCUCAAGAGUAACCAAUUAACCACUCUACCAGAAUUAAUCUUCAGAAUGAAUAAGAAACUGACAAAUAUCACUCUGGAUUCAAAUAAGAUUAAUUACCUUCCUGAUGGGGUCUUCCAAGGGUUGGAACAACUCGGAACCUUGGCUCUAGAGAAUAAUCAACUUGUAACUAUAAAAGAAAUGUGGUUUCAAUCGUUGGGAUCUGUCAUAGAGGUGACGCUACAACAUAACCUUAUAAAUACCAUUGAAGAAAAUGCUUUCAACAUGAUGAGGGACCUCAGAAGAUUGGAUUUGAGUAAGAAUCAAUUGCAGGCGUUGAAUUUAACUACGUUCCUAAAACAGGAGAAGUUAAGAUAUCUUAACCUGGCGCAUAAUUUGCUUGAAUAUCUGAAUGAUCACUUUGAUAGAAAUAUGAUCCAAUUGGAGCAUAUGGAUUUGAGUUUUAAUCUUUUGACACAUGUGCCUAGUAUGUUCACCAAAGUUAAUCUGAAGAAGUUGAACAUGCGAGGGAAUUCACUGACGGCUUUCGAUUUUCACGUCCUUGCAAACGCAGUGUCUAAUGUAUCACUAUCCCUGGCUGAUAACAAAAUCUCAAUGAUACAAAACAUGCGUGAAGUUGAACUGAUUGCUGCAUUAGAACAAAACUCCGUGAUGUUAUUGAAGCACCUCAACAUCGCCGGGAAUCCACUGCGAUGUGACUACGCCAACUACGACCUCUUCCGCUACUUCAACUUCGCCAUGGAUACAUCCUUCCGGUUCCAGUAUGAGAUCGCUUCGGAUAACCUCAUCUGUGCCUCACCGGAAUACCGAGCUGGUCAACCAUUCUACGAUAAAUCUUAUCCGGUAAACCCGUGCGGUUUGAAUUACACCAUCAAAAGCGAGUUGAAUUCAUCCGUAUGUGAUUUUUAUCAUGUGCCAAGAGAUAAUAUGGUCAAAGUGGAUUGUUCAGCGCGAAAUUUGACAGAAAUACCGAUUUUGACCAUGCCGGAUGUGAACUUACAUGAAAUCUGGGAGUUAUGCUACGUGAAGGAAACAACCCCGAUAAUAAUCGACGUUAAUUUACGGGAGAAUCGGAUCAAGCAUUUGCAACCAAUCAGUUUUGUAAAUAUCAACGUCACCGUGCUGGAUGUAAGUUUUAAUAAUCUAAGUGCGCUGACAUGGAUCCCACAUGGUUUGAAGACUUUGAAUUUGGACCAUAAUGCUUUCAGUCGCAUUAAUCAAAGCCUACUGGAACAGUUAUCAAUUGUGACUUUGAAUAACAAUCCGUGGAUUUGUGACUGCGAAACAGUUCCACUCUGGAUCUUCCUUGGUGACUAUAAGACCAUACCAAACAAGAUGGAGGUCAAGUGUGUAAACAGCCAGAAAUCCAUCCGGAAAGUCACCAGGGAUUAUCUAUGCCCCACCCAUGCGAAGUUGAUCAUUACCUUGGUCAGUAUCGGAGCUGCUGUUAUUCUUAUCCCGGCGAUUUUCUUGAUUUUCUUCUAUAAAUACAACCAGGAGAUCAAGGUGUGGUUGUUCGCACAUAAUAUGUGUCUGUGGUUCGUGCGGGAAGAGGAUUUGGACAAGGAUAAAAUCUACGACGCGUUUAUUUCCUUCUCGCAGAAAGAUGAAGACUUCAUUGCGGAUCACCUCAUGCCUAGGUUGGAACAGAUUCCGGAUCCUUAUAAGUUAUGUGUGCACAUGAGGAAUUGGAUUCCUGGUGAGGCAAUCGCCAAACAAGUAGCGGAUUCUGUUUUGAACUCAAAACGUACCAUCGUGGUGCUAUCACCGUCAUUCCUUGAAAGUGUCUGGGGUAAGAUGGAGUUCCGAUCGGCGCAUACAACAGCAAUCACUGAAGGUAUCGCCAGAGUGAUUAUCAUCAUCUACGGUGAUUUGGAUCUUGAUGAUGAGCGUAUUGAUGAAGAGUUAAAGGUUUAUCUUAAAACCAACACCUAUAUCCGAUGGGGUGAUCCUUGGUUCUGGGAUAAAUUAAAGUAUGCGCUACCACAUCGUAAGUGCCUGAAUAAUGCGGGGUAUGUCAAUCGGCGCUUUGAAAGUGUGACUGUCAACUUGGAUAAAAUGGACAAGAUUAAUCAGAAUUUACCUGCGAAUGUGAUUAAUGGUUUAAGUGUGAAUCCACCGGUGGAUCCGUUGCUGUUGAAGGUGCAUCCGUUGGAUAUAAAUACAAGGUGUGUGAUUAAUACACCGCCAGCGGAGAAGGGGAUUGUUUAAGUGUGGAGAUUGAUUGUUACACGCUCAAAUAUUUUGUCAGCGGAAGUAAUAGAGACUCAGACGGCUGUGUUCCAUGCAAAUUGUUGCUGUGGAAGACUUUAACUUUAGAAUUUACGUGUACCUUUGUGAAAGGAACUAUUUGCUUGUAUCUAUGAGGAUAUUGCGUUAUGGUCAAUAUCAUCAGAUGUACUGUUUUAUGACUAUUGGACUAUAAUUGUACAGUUUUUAUUCUUGCAAGUCAUGUCGAUAUAUUAUUGCAUAUCGGUUUUACUUAAAUAUUGAAAUAAAUCUAUUAUUUUACAA